UCAAAGUGGUAAAAAGAUUACUGCUGCAACUGCUAGAGCUCACACCAGAAAAUCCAAGAACAACACCCCAUUUCACUUUUCUUCAAGAGAACAGGUGGAAUCCAGUCAAGUUCGUCGACUUGAGCUUUCAAUUUGCUGCUCAACAAAGCUAUGAUUACACAAAUAGCAGUAGCAACAACAGUUGGACUUCUCGGAUGGGCUUAUUUGGCUUUACUUAAGCCUCCCCCUCCAAAAGUUUGUGGCUCUCCAGGUGGUCCUCCGGUGACUUCGCCAAGGGUCCAACUCAAUGAUGGGAGAUAUGUAGCCUACAAAGAGAGUGGCGUUUCCAAGGAGAAGGCAAAGCAUAAGAUCAUUAUUAUUCACGGCUUUGAUAGUUCCAAAGACUUGAUGUUGCCGAUAUCCCAAGACUUAAUGCAAGAGCUUGAAAUAUAUGUUUUACAAUAUGAUCGUGCUGGAUAUGGAGAGAGUGAUCCACAUCCAAAGCGCUCAGUAAAGAGUGAAGCAUUUGACGUUGAGGAGCUAGCUGAUAAGUUGCAACUAGGACCCAAGUUCUAUGUGGUUGGCUUGUCCAUGGGAGCGUAUUGUGUAUGGAGUUGUCUUAAGUACAUACCGAAUAGGCUGGCCGGAGUUGCCCUUGUUGUUCCAUUUGUAAAUUAUUGGUGGUCAUGUUAUCCCGCUAAACUAUCAAACGAAGCCCUCGGGAAGAUGCUUGCACAAGAUCAACGGACAUUCAGAAUUGCGCAUUAUGCCCCAUGGCUGGUUCAUUGGUGGAUGAACCAAAAGUGGUUCCAUGCUUUAAGUAUGAUGGAAGGGAACAUGGCAAUAUUUUGUCCGCCAGAUCAAGAAAUGCUGAAGCAGUUAUCCUCUGCCCCGAGUCCUGGUCAGGAGAAAGUUCGACAGCAAGGCGAGUUUGAAUGUUUGUAUCGAGACCUGAUAGUUGGUUUCGGAAACUGGGACUUUGCUCCGACGGAUAUAAAAAAUCCUUUUCCAGAUAACGAAGGUUCGGUCCAUCUUUGGCAAGGACACAAUGACAUAAUUAUUCCGCGCGAACUCAAUAGUUAUCUAGCAGAGAAGCUCCCUUGGAUUCAAUAUCAUGAGGUUCCUAAUGCUGGACAUUUAAUAAUUCACAAUGCUAGUUAUUGUGAAACCAUCUUGAGGAAACUUUUGGAGUAACAGUAAAGUUGUCUCCGUGUGACCUAUAGGUCACAUGGAAGCAAUCACUUAUCCUGAACCAAGGUAAGCUAUCUACAUCACAUCCGUUAUAGGGUGCGACCCUUUCCCGAACUCUGCUAAAGUGGGAUGUUUUGUGCAUCAGACUUCCCUUUUUGCAUGUAUUUGCGGACAAGAAGGUAACUUGCAAUAUUCUUAUGAGAAAAUUAAGUGCAUAAGCAUUUGUAAUAAAUACUAGAUAUUACAAAUGAAAUUUGGAGAGUCAUCCAAAUUUUCAUAAUUUUUAAAAAAAUGUUUGAAGUUA